UAUAAGGAGACACUCUGAGAAAGAGCACAUUUUGGGGACCCAUUGGUAUGGUUUCCCCAGAUGCCCAUUCCAGCUCUACCUGCAGAAAGCUAUUCCUGAGACAGUGCUGGGCUCAGCCACCCUCUUUCAGCUGGAAGACCCCCACUCUGGGGUCCCUGAGGAACAAUGGAAGCCUUGGGGUUUCUAGAAUUGGAAGUGAGUGUCCCCAUGGUGACCGUGGCCCUGUCAGUGAUGCUCUUGGCCCUCCUGAAAUGGUACUCCAUGUCAGCAUUCUCAAGACUGGAGAAGUUGGGCAUCAGGCAUCCCAAGCCUUCUCCUUUCAUUGGAAACUUGACAUUUUUCCGCCAGGGUUUUUGGGAAAGCCAGUUGGAGCUGAGGAGGCUGUAUGGACCUCUGUGUGGGUACUAUCUUGGUCGACGGAUAUUUAUUGUUCUUUCUGAGCCAGACAUGAUCAAGCAGGUGUUGGUUGAGAAUUUCAGUAACUUUACCAACAGAACGGCAUCAGGUUUGGAGUUCAAGCCGGUAGCCAACAGUGUUCUGUUUCUACGUGACAAAAGAUGGGAAGAAGUCAGAGGUGUCCUGACUCCUGCAUUUAGUCCUGAAAAGCUGAACGAGUUAACUCCCCUCAUCAGCCAAGCCUGCGACCUUCUCCUGGCUCAUUUAAAAGGCUAUGCAGAAUCUGGGGAGGCAUUUGACAUCCAGAGGUGCUACGGUUGUUACACCACAGAUGUGAUUGCCAGUGUUGCCUUUGGCACCCGGGUGGACUCCUGGAGGGCUCCUGAGGACCCUUUUGUGGAACACUGCAGGCGUUUCUUCCAGUUCAACAUUCCCAGACCUCUCCUGGUUUUAAUCUUAUCAUUUCCAUCCAUAAUGGUCCCACUGGCCCGGAUUCUGCCCAAUAAGAACCGAGAUGAACUGAAUGGCUUUUUUAACAAACUCAUUAGGAGUGUGAUUGCCUUGCGGGACCAGCAAGCCGCGGAAGAGAGGCGGAGAGACUUCCUCCAAAUGGUCCUGGAUGCCCGAAAUUCUUCAAGCCCUGUGGGUGUGAAGGACUUUGACAUCGUUGGAGAAGUCUUCUCCUCUACCAAAUGCCAAGUGGAUCCCUCCAGACAGCGCCCACCCAGGGCCCUGUCCCAGCCUUUGAGUGUAGAUGAAGUCGUGGGCCAGGCCUUCAUAUUCCUCAUUGCCGGCUAUGAGAUUGUCACCAACACGCUCUCUUUUGCCACCUACUUGCUGGCUACCAACCCUGACUGCCAAGAGAAGCUCUUGAAAGAGGUGGAUCUUUUCCAGGAGAAACAUGCAGCCCCUGAGUACUGCAGCCUCCAGGAAGGCCUGCCCUACCUGGACAUGGUGAUUGCGGAGACUCUGAGGAUGUACCCACCGGCUUUCAGGUUCACGCGGGAGGCGGCUCAGGACUGUGAGGUGCUAGGGCAGCAUAUCCCUGCAGGCACUGUGCUGGAGAUGGCUGUGGGUGCCCUGCACCACGACCCCGAGCACUGGCCAAGCCCAGAGAUCUUCAACCCUGAGAGGUUCACAGAUGAGGCACAGCAGCAGCGGCAGCCUUUCACGUACCUGCCCUUUGGGGCUGGGCCCCGGAGCUGCCUCGGGGUGAGGCUGGGGCUGCUGGAGGUCAAGCUGACACUGCUCCACGUCCUGAGCAAGUUCCGGUUCCAGGUCUGCCCCGAGACUCAGGUGCCGCUGCAGCUAGAAUCCAAAUCUGCCCUAGGUCCAAAAAACGGUGUCUAUGUCAAGAUCGUGCCCCGCUGACUCAGAAGACUGCCAGGGGAGGGAGGGGCAUCUUGUGGCUGUGAUACUUGUGAGUCAUUGUUGUAUCCAGUUCCAAAGAACCCUGACAUGGAAAUUCAGAUUUGGAGGAAAAGAAGUCAGCAAAGUGAUUAAGAGAGAACCUGGCAUGCAAGUAUAAAAAAGGUUAUUUAUGUAACAUUUCCUAAAUGCUCAAUAAACUUUGGUUGCACUUA